UGAGGUCGCCUGUCCGCCACCACGUCCACGUCCACGAUUAAUUGCAAUACUCGUACAUAAAUCGACACGGCACGGGCUCUCCUGUCCUUGUUCCGCACCGAGACGUGUAACCGCAGCGCACCACUCUGACCUGCAGGCGCAUCAUGAGCAUGGCAGCAUCCACGGCGGCGGCGGUGGCGGUGCCGGAGGUGUCCCUGCGGUCGGGCGACGCGAGGCCGAUGCCGAUGGUCGGCAUGGGCACGGCGCAGUUCCCCGUGGUGAACGAGGCCACCAGGAACGCCGUGCUGGCGGCCAUCGAGGUGGGUUUCCGCCACUUCGACACGGCCUUCUUGUACGGCACCGAGGAGCCGCUCGGCGAGGCCGCGGCCGAGGCCAUCCGCCGCGGCCUCGUCCGGUCCCGGGAGGACCUGUUCGUGACGUCCAAGCUGUGGUGCACGCAGAACCACCCGCACCUCGUCCUGCCGUCCCUCCGGGAAACUCUCAAGAACCUGCAGAUGGAGUACGUGGACCUGUAUCUGAUCCACUGGCCGGUGUGCAUCAAGCCCGGGCCGCCCAAGUUCCCGAACAAGAAGGAGGACGCGGUGCCGGUGGACUUCGAGGGCGUGUGGCGCGCCAUGGAGGAGUGCCAGCGGCUGGGGCUCGCGAGAGCCAUCGGCGUCAGCAACUUCACCACCAAGCACCUCGACAGGGUCCUGGCCGUCGCCACGAUCCCGCCGGCGGUGAACCAGGUGGAGCUGAACCCGGCGUGGCAGCAGCGGACGCUGAGGGCGUACUGCGCCGACAGGGGCAUCCACGUCGCCGCCUACUCGCCGCUGGGCGGGCAGAACUGGGACGGCCAGGGCAACGCCGUGCUGGACUCCGAGGUGCUCGCCGAGAUAGCCAAGGCCAGAGGGAAAACCGUCGCGCAGGUGGCGUUGCGAUGGAUACAUGAGCAGGGAGUGACGUCCAUCGCCAAGAGCUACAACAAGGAGAGGCUGAAGCAGAACCUUGAGAUAUUCGACUGGGAGCUGACCGAGGAGGACAGGCUCAAGAUCAGCCAGAUCCCGCAGAGGAAGGUUGUCCAGGCUACCAGCUUGUUCUCGGAAGAGGGUGAGUUCACGUCUGUUGAUCCUGAAGAAAUGAAUAUUGCAGAGGAAUAGCAACUGAAAAAAAUGUUCGGCCUCGAUCGGUGUUGCUGCGUAGUAGAGGAGUACUUCGUACUAGUCCAGAUAUGAAUAAGGCAAUGUUUCAUCCUCAGUGUGUUUCUGUGUGUUGAUGAUGUUUUCCAUCCCCGUUCAGUUCAGUAAAUAUUGUAAUCAUAACAUUCAGAUGUUGCAUACUCCAAGUCCAAUUCGAGGUUAUCAUAAUUUCGCAUACACAAA